AGAAUCCGUUGCUUGCCUUCCGCUAUACGAAAACAGCGGUUUAAAUUUUCUAGGAAGGUAUUUCGUGCCAGGAAGUAUAGCUUCUCCUAUAGACUGUAACGUAUGUAAUAGCGUCUUUAACAUUAAGACAUUUAUUUUCGUAAUAUAUUGUUAUCGACAUAAAAUAUCUGAAAAAGCAUAAAAAUGUCAAAAGACGAAAAGGAGUGCAUUAUCCCCGAUGUUAUACACGAUUCUAGUAAUGGUAAAAGUUAUCUUAAAGGUCGUUUCUUUGGUAAGGGUGGUUUUGCUAGAUGCUAUGAAAUCAGAGAAUCAAAAUCUCAUCAUGUUUUUGCCGGAAAGAUUGUAUCCAAAUCGAUAAUGACAAAGAGUAAUCAAAGAGAAAAAAUGACACAAGAAAUUACAAUACAUCAAAGUUUAAAUCACAGAAACAUUGUUGGAUUUUAUGGAUUUUUUGAUGAUGCGCAAAACAUUUAUAUUAUUCUUGAGCUUUGUCGUAAAAGAUCAAUGAUGGAGUUGCAUAAACGUAGAAAAGCACUUUCAGAAUGUGAAACUAGGUAUUAUAUGAAACAAAUUUUAGACGGCGUACACUAUUUACAUCAAAAUAGAAUAAUACAUAGAGAUCUGAAGUUAGGUAAUUUAUUCUUAAAUGAUGAACUACAAGUUAAAAUAGGUGACUUUGGAUUGGCAACACGAUUGGAACAUGAUGGAGAGCGUAAAAAAACACUGUGUGGAACGCCAAAUUAUAUUGCUCCAGAAAUUUUAACUAAAGCAGGACAUUCUUAUGAAGUUGAUGUGUGGAGUAUAGGUUGUAUAAUGUAUACUUUACUCGUUGGUAAACCUCCAUUUGAAACAUCGAGUUUGAGAGAAACAUAUAAUCGAAUUAAACAAGUUCAGUAUAAGACACCUUCGCAUCUCAGUAAGCCUGCUAUGAACAUGAUUACAAAUAUGCUACAAGGAAUACCUUCAAAGCGUCAUCCUGUAUCUAAAUUAAUGAAAGAUAUCUUUUUUUCAUCUGGUUAUUUGCCAACAAGUUUGCCACUUUCGUGUUUAACAAUGGCACCACGUUUGGAUAUGUUGGAAAUGCAUAACCAACGUAAACCUUUAUCCGAAAUGAAUCUUAAUGCUGGUGGAGAUGGAGAUGAUAAUGUGUUUCGCAUGCUGAACAGUCCUUCACGUAAAAAACCUUCAGAAGAUGUUAAUAAUGUGCACAAAUCAAAUUUAGAUACAAAGAAAAUGUUACAUGCAUUAAAAGACCAAUUAACUGUUGUAUUAGCAACUAGGCCAUCAAGCGAAACAGCAUCUUCUGCAGAUGAAAUGACAGAUCCAGCUGCCCAGCCAGUAAUAUGGAUUAGUAAAUGGGUGGAUUAUUCAGAUAAAUAUGGAUUUGGAUAUCAACUAUCCGAUGAUGGAGUAGGUGUAAUGUUUAACGAUGGCACAAGACUGAUAAUGCUGGCCAAUGGUUUCAAUAUCCAUUAUAUAAACCGUGAUGGAAAUGAAUUGUACUAUACUGUUAAAGAUUUUCCAAGUUCUUUAGACAAGAAAAUGAAAUUAAUGAAUUUUUUCUUAAAAUACAUGAACGAGCAUUUAAUGAAAGCAGGUGGAUCUAUUGCUGUUAAACAAAGCGACUCACUUUCAAGAAUACCUUAUAUGCAUCAAUGGUUUAGGACACAGACUGCUGUAGUUAUGCAAUUAACAAACGGAACGGUACAGAUAAAUUUCUUGGAUCAUACAAAAAUAAUUAUGUGCCCUCUAAUGGCUGCUGUUACUUACAUAGAUCAAGAUAAAAAUUUUAAGACUUACAGAUUUCAAACUAUCCAAGAAAAUGGUUGUUCGAAAGGUCUUUAUAAAAAUUUAGGAUAUGCAUAUGAAAAACUUGCAUUAAUGUUAUCAAAUUCUCAGCGAUAACAUAUUACAUUAGAAUAAAAUUAUAUAAGAAUA